GUGGGGGAAUUUGCUCCUGAGGCAAAGUUUGAUAACCACAAAGUGAAAUCUGUCAACACGCUUCCCUCGGCUACCAACGUACAGGGAGACCCAAACGAAUGUGAAAGUGUCGUUUUGGAGAAACACAGCCUCUGACUGGAAGUCCUUAUCAGCCGGGAGGGAAUGAUGACGCUGCUUUAUUUGGAGAAGAAACACCUGUAACGAUAUCCCGGUGAGAAAGUGAAAGGAAGACGAAUACCGCAACAUCAUGCAGCUGCUUUCACCCUCCGCCAUGUCUCUGUGGUCUUACCUGUGGUUUUUCAUCUGCACCUCUUGCCUAGGUGCAGUGGACACCAUACUAUAUGCCCAAAGUGGCCACGAGGCUACUUUGAGACCAACCAUCCAUGGACAACCGGAAAACAUUUUUUGGACACAUGAUGGCAACAAGGUGAUACAAUUUGAUGGCAGUGAGGAAAAGGUGUACAGCACAUACAAGAACAGAAUCAUCCUUGACUGGGGCAGCGGAGACCUCACUAUCAAAGAUCUCACACCUGAAGACAGUGGACAAUAUAGACUGGAAGUAAACAUCCAGGGAAAGCUGCACUCCUUCUUACAAGAUCUAGAGGUUAUAGAUGAGGUCGCCAAACCAACUAUAUCCUGUGAGCUUAACGACGCCAGUGGCUCUGAACCCCGGGCGAUGCUCAUGUGCUCUGUGGGAACCAAGAACCUCUCAGCCUCAACAGAGUUUGUCUGGAAGCUGCUUGAGGAGCAAAAGCCUGGCCAGGAGUUACCAAUAUCUUUGGGGGGGAAAAAUGACGAUGAAGAGUAUUGUUGUGUGGUCAGCAACCCCGUGAGUGCAAAAAAUGCUACAUUCACUGCAAAGGAUUGCUAUCCAGAUAAAGACUUGGGCCUACCAAUAGCUUUGGGAGUCAUUGGAGUCUUGCUUUGUGCUUUUUUAAUCUUUCUUGGGCUCUGCUAUUGGAGACGCUGUAAAGCCGCAGACAAAAAAAGGAAAGCGCAAAUAAAGGACGAAGAUGUGGAAAAACAAAGUCAACAUCCCGAACAAAAAGAAGAUGGAGAUUCAAAGGAACGUCAGCCUCUCAUCUCACCAAAUGAGCCCCCGAAAUGUCAAGAAAACGGAGAGUCAGGGGAUAACCAGGCUCAAGAGUUAGAUGAAAGCCCACAGCCAGGAAAUGUUGCACAGAAGACACAAUUAUUCAAUCGAUUAUCUAAUCCGGUCCCAGAAGAGGGAACACCUGUUCGACAUGGACGUAAAAAAGACACUGCAAAGAAACGACCACCUCUCUCAGACAGCCCAGCUGACACUCAAGAAGCAACAGGCAAGAACUCAGCUGUGGACCCAGAAAAAGAACCUCUUCUUCACUACAGUGCCACCCUUCCCAGCAAGCAGCCGCUUUCACGUCUGAACCAAAGUACUCCAACUGCAGAGCCUGAGGCUGCCACCAACCACCAUGAAGAAGGUGCGGACUCAGACCAGGUCACAGAAGAAUCUACAAAGACAGAGCCCCCAGAAGCUAUCUCCUCAGGUUUGGAGAGUACAAAUGAAGGAGACUCAGUCGGUACAUCAGAGGACAAAGUGUCAAAUCUACAGCUGUCCAACGCUCCUGAACCACCUAGUUUGCAAAGUACACCACCUGAGCCAGAUACUACAGAAUCUAACCAGAAUCAAAUGAACGGCCCACCUUCUGAACAUGACAAAGAAUCAGCCACAGUGAAGGACUUGGAAGAAAUGGGUGAAGAGUCAAAUCUGUCUCCGCUCUGCCCCAAGCAGCCUGAGAGCCCCAAGCUAACAUUGCCAGCCAACACCGACAAUGCCAGCACCUCUCAAGGCCAACAGGAUACUGAUAUGCCAGAGCACUCAUUGAAUAACCAUGAAGACCCAAACAUGCCAGACCCUAAACAAGAGAGCAACUCCAAGUGUGACUCAGAUGAGUCUGGAGAGCUCUCACAGACAGACAUCUACUCAGCAGAGCCGGCUGAAGAUGAGACACAGAAUGAACCACAAACUGCUGAUGAGAGAAAUGAGAGCCAGUCUGUCCCAAAUGAAGAGGAACCAGGGGUGAGUAAGGUGAGUGAGGACAAAAAGAGCCAGACAACAGAUGAAACUGGUGCAGAAGUUGCACAUGACCAGUCAGAAACAAAGGACGCAUGCAGUGAGGAAGCUUGUGAAAGUGAAAUCCUGAACAGUGUGGAGAAGGAGACAAAAGAGACGGGGGCAGAUCCACCUUACACAGACGAAACUGGAGAGACUGAUAAGAGUGGAGUGGACCUAAAAGACAAGGAAGAUCAGGGAGCUGAGGAAGACCAGGGUUUAACCAAGAAUAUGCCAUUUUCUGAAAAUCAGGAUGGACAGAUGGACCAUAAAAACCUAAAAGACAAUCCAAAUGAAAACUGAGGAUUUAAACAACAAUGUGUAACUUGUGAAAAUCAGGAUGGAAAGAUGGACACUAAAAUGAGUCAUCAGAUUGAGGAGGGACUAAAAGACAAUCAAAGGAAGAGCAGGGUUGAGCAAGCAGGAGCUUCUCUCUGAAUGAGAGAGGUGGACUUGACAUAACCACACCUCAAAAAAGAGAAGUGUGGCUGCAGUGGUCGCUCAAUGAUCUAUUAAGCUCUGCCGGAAAUAUGCUCUUAUUGUUUUCUUCAAAAUUGGAGAAUCUGUUUUUGAAAACACUAUCAUGAUACAGAGAGACUGAUAAAACUAAUAAAACUAGAGGAGUUAAAAGUUAGAGGAGUUACCUGUCAGUACUUGUCAAAAAUUUCCUUACUCAACUUCAUCACUUGCAUAAUGUGCAAAAAUGCAUGACAGUCUUCUGUAUGUGCUUCAACUUGUCUGCCAAGUAUCAGUCAGGUAUCAGUGUAAUGUAUUGACCAGUCCACUGCCUGCUUUACAAAUGUACUGUCUGAUUUAACAAAAACACUAUGAAAAGAGUCUUAUAUUAUUAAAGAUCAGAAAAAAAAUACCUAAAGCACAUAUAAAAAUGAGAUCAUAUUUUGUUUGUUUCAUAUGUAUUUACUGAGUUAGAUUAACUGACUCAUUAUCUUCCUUUUAAACACGUGACUAAAUUUUUCACUUGUUGGACAUAAGUCUUUUUUUUAAUAUUGUGUCUUUUUCAUUUUCAUUUUUAUUGUAUCUUAUUUUAUUGAGUGUCUCCAGUGUAUGUUGAGUCUGUCUUCCUACUGCCUCUGUCUACCGCUGCUGAGUUUUAUUUGUGAGAUUGUAAGUUGUGUACACUGUGGUUACCCAUAAAGUAGAGCUGUGUGAUAUUACUUCAGAUGAAUAUUAGGACAGAAAAUUCAAACAUGUAUCUUGAGAAUGAUAAAUGAAUGAGAAUUCAUUUUUUUUUUACACUACCAUCACUUUUCCCUGACAGCUAAAAGUUUGUAAUA